CUGAUUUACAUACUCUUCUCAUGUUCGGCUUCGGGUUCCUCAGGCGCGCGAGUUUUUCCAAGUGAGGGUGGUGCAAAAAGGAAUCGCAACUAAAAUUUUCUUGCCGACGAGGGUUGAAUUUCGUCUCUACUCAGCAAAUCGUGGUAAAUUAAUAAACGGCAAGUGCAAAAAAUAAGACUAAGAGUGAAUCACCAGCAGAGAAAAUAAAAGUCGUCAGCAAAAUCGUAUUUUGAAUAAACCUCCUCCUCCCCCUGCUCAAGUCUACCAGGUCGAAGCGUUUUUUUCUUCCGAGACAAGGCUACCCAGUCCGUGUCAAGGUUGAUCUAGCCACGAAUUAAUGAAACUCAAACUUUCGCACCAGGACCUCCCCGCCAUCAGGCUAACACCAAGUUUUUUUUUUUCGAUGUACGAUUCCCGAUUCGGCUUCCGGACUCACUAUGCUUUUUAACGCAACAAGUUAAACUGUGCCAGAAUUUCCUUACUUUCUACUGUUUCGUUCGCUUACGUUUGAUUGUUCGAUCAUCUAAAUCUGAUUGCAAGAAGGAAUGUUGCACGAAGCUGACGUGGCUGUCGCAGCCGCACCGCCGGAGAAGAUCAUGCCCAGCACGCCAUCGACGUCUCCUGUCUCUCCGGCAGAAAUCGCCGAUUUGGUCUCCCAAAUGUCGUUCAAGAAGAAAUUCAGGGCCGCGUGCGCCAGUCUGAGCUCCUUGUGCGACAAAGUCGACGGAGGUGUCCUCGUCAACACCGUAUCUUCAACUACAACAUCAUCGCCUGGAGGCGAGAUGGACAUCAACGAUGAAAUAAUCACCAGGCUCACGAGUGCUGCGGAGAGGUGCAACGUCGUGUUGACAACCAGGUUUACGAAUCCGAUCUUUUGGCAGUCUGGUUUGGAAUUUUUCCUCUCGCUGCAGUUUCUUCUCGAGCAGCUGACGACGUCAAUAGCGGGCGCAGCAGCACCAUCACAGGCAGCGUCUGAGGAUGUGCAACAGGAGCAACGGCGGGACAAUUGUACCGAUCAGACGUUGUUGAUGAAGAGGAAUCUCGACCGUGUCCGGGGGUUUGUGGAGCAGGCCAUGCAGGAAGUGGACGAAGAAGCCAGGGAGAAGGUCGCCCGCGAGAAGAUCCAACAGCAGAGGCAAGCGCAGCAGAGCAGAAUGAGUCAGCAAUUCACCCCAUUUGGAAACCCCAUGCAAAACAUGAACAGCUUUGAGGACUUCGUGCGGUCGCUCGGCUUUCUCGUCGAAGAGCAACCGGACCCGCGGAAAGUGCACCACUUGGACCGGCACGAGCUGCGCAUCGUGGACAAUUUCGACGAGGAUCUCACCUGCGUGAUCUGCAUGGAGAAACUCGGGCGGAAGGCGAAGAAAAUGCCACUCUGCGGGCAUUUAUUCCACGAUGCGUGUAUUAUGGAAAGCCUGGAACACAACAAAUCCUGCCCCAUGUGCCGGGACGACCCGUUGAAGGGGCAGAGGGUUUUCACAACGGACGACUUUCGAAAAGCAGACAGGAAUCCGGACAAGGCCGGAAUGUUUUCCUAGAUUUUGGUUUUUUGGAUUCUGUAAACCAAACAAGUUGAAAAGUCCGGAACAAGAUCGAUGCUGAUGAUCGUGAUCGAUCGUCCCUGUGUCCAAAAAUAAAGAAGUUUUUUCACGAGAUUUGCCCAUUGUGUACAGCUGAGAGUAAUCAUUCCGGGUCUUCUCCUCGAUGUUGCAAGAAGUAUUGCCAUUUUCGAAAGCUCAUUGGCGACGGCGAUGUCGAACAAAAAUUAAAAUCGGCGCACGACGAGCAACAUUCGCUUUGAUGUGCCCGUGUGCUGACACAGAAACCGUUUCUUGAAGUUGUCAACAGGUUACUAGGAGUGGAGUAGAUGAAUCAAGAAGUCUGUGUGUCGUCCUGGACUGAGGACGAUACACAGCACAACGAACUACAAUCUUACUUGCAGGCCGUGACCUCACACGACACCAACUGGCUCUGCUACAACAACGUUCAUCGGGCACACCAGUAAAAUGCUAACUCCAAAGAUCGGUCUUCGUACGUGCGGUGUAGCCUGUUGAUCUGUAUCUGUUCUCCAAGUACAUAAUUUUUCGUGCACCGGAACAGCAUAUCCAUAUGAUCGCAAGGCGAUACUAUGAGUUCUUGCCUUUCUGUUGCAUCUUCUGGAACAAAUUGAAAGCGAAACUCUCUCGGUCGUGAGGAUACUUUUUUCGUUCUGAAAGGAGCUGAGCAUU